AUGGAGCUGCGCCCUGGUAUUGAUGAGUCGGUGAUCUUCUACACAAAAGAGGGGCACGAUUCUUCCUCACCACCGUUGAAGCCAUUCAUCCCCGAUCUAGAACCGGGAACAGACUGUGAAAUCUUGGCACCUAAUGAUUUCUUAGAACCAGACGAAGAGAACAUUGCCGAGCCGUGGGACGCAGGCCUCAGACUCAGGCCAAAGCCGGCAGAAACAUGGUCUCUCCGAAUCGAAGAAUGGAUCGAAGAGUCAAGUUUUACAUCAGGUUCAAGAAAACAAGCAGCAUCUUGGAAUGAUGGGCUGCUACUCGCGCAUAUGGCUACCGACCAUGGAUACGAUGCUGUCGCAGAGGGUCGUCGAUAUCAAUUGCCUGGUAUUGAAGACAGCACAUCGAAUGAGCGGAUCGAUUCUUUAGCACAUAGCUAUCAAUACCGAAGUCCCUUUGAAAAUCGAGUUCCAGCUUUCGAUCAAAAUCCAAAGCGAGCACGAACAGAUCGUUCCAAGUCAUCAGCACUCAAGACUAUAGACAAAACUGUGCAGCCCAGAGCUCUUCUCAGAGAAAUUAGCUCUCGGCGUCGAAAAGUGUUACCUAUGAUGUUUGAGACGAAGUGCGAAAGGAUUAGCAUUGCCGCAUGUCCCGAUACUGGCUCAGAUGUCAACAUCAUAUCUUUGGAAACAGCCCGGCGCUUGGGCUUCAGUUCAGACAUUCGCAAAACUGAAGAAGUCGAUUUUCGUCUUGCCAAUAACCAGCCUAUAAAAGCUAUCGGCCAGGUGGAUAUCGCCUGCUCUUUUGGAGCUGGGACGCCUUGGCAUGACCAAAGUCUAUAUUGCAUCUUUCAAAUUUUCAACUCUCUGUCCGUUCCUUUGAUCAUGGGCAUGCAGUUCCUUGAAAUGACAGAGACUUACUCGAAGUAUCAGGACCGUCUAGUUGAAGAGACGGUUCCACGCAUGCACUCUUUACAAAUCAGUUCCGUUGGGAGGCCAAGAAAGAGUUUAAUAUGUCGGCUAAAUGCGUUUGUUAGCUUAGCUACCGCAGAUACUGGCUCUGACAUAGACCUUAUCAGUGCCGACUACGCUAGAAGCAGAGGAUUCCAAAUUGAUGAAGUUUUUCACAACAUAAUGCUCGCUGACGGUACAGUGGAGCAAACAUGUGGUUUGAUACGAAGCUCAUUCACGGUUGGGUUGGUUGAUGAUGUCCGAGGAUUCAUUUCAAAGAGCCAAAAUAUUAGUAUUGAUUUCUUCGUGUUGUCAAAUCUAUCAUCAGAUGUGUUGAUUGGGCAAGACACUAUCGAGGAACUCAAUAUUUUUGCUAACUACUCUGAAUCCUUUGUUCCCAACAUAUCUCUAACAGGGGAAUCCGACGUCAAUAUCAUUCGCUACAUUGGCAAAGCAGAGAGAGCUGGGAAAAGAUUAUGGGCUCAAAUACGAGGCGACAAUCAAACUAGCAACCCAAGUUCAGCGGCAGACAUAGAGCGCAAAUGGGAACUUGAUGAUCAACGAGAGAAUGCCCGUCGAGAGGCCCGCCAUGCAGAGAUCGACCAAAUGGCGGAGGAACAUAGAGAAGCUGCGAAAAUGGCGGAAGCCACCAGAAUUAGCAAUUAUGAGGCCACGAAGACGGCACGGAAGGGGCCGGAGUCAAAUUUAAGGAGUGGCUCACCCAAUUAUGACACCAGAUCUACAAUAGCCAAUUAUGGCCAAAGCCCCUCGUCUGUGGACGAGUCUUCUUUUGAGACAGACAGUACAACGUCCGCCUCAGGACAAUACGUGUGUUCGUACAGCGGCUGUACUGCACCACCAUUUCAAACUCAAUAUCUUCUAAACUCACAUGCGAAUUUUCACAGCUCGUCGAGGCCGCAUUAUUGCCCACACAUCGGAUGCCCGCGGAGCGAAGGUGGCAAAGGGUUCAAAAGAAAGAAUGAGAUGAUUAGACAUGGAAUCGUCCAUGAUUCCCCGGGUUAUCAUUGCCCAUUCUGCCCUGAUCCGGCUCCCCGAUACCCUCGACCGGACAAUCUCCAGAGGCACGUGCGUGUUCAUCACCCAACCCACGACAAGGACGAUUCUCAGUUACGAGAAGCCUUGUCGGAAAGAUUCCCCAAACGCCCUGAGCGCGGACGGCGUUGA